GCUCCCACUCCAGAAACGAGCACCACUCUCCAUCCCACCAAAAUAAAAGGAAAAGGAAAAAAUUAAGAUUUUAAAAGUGAACAGAUGAUACAUACUCCUUUCUCAAAACUAUCAGCUACUCCCUCUCUCUCUACUGCAUUUCUUCAAACAGAACCCCCAACUCCACCUUUCUCUCUCUUUCCCUUAAGCCCCCUUUUUUUUUCUUUCGAAAGAGUAGAUCGAAACAGAACAUAACAGAACAAUUUAAAGUCCCAAAACAAAAAUCGUCGUUUCUCCAAUUCGCCGCUGCACCAGAGUCGAUGCCGCUGCUGACUCCGAUUCAUCACCCGCGUCCACCGCCGUCGCUCGGCGCCGCUGCGUCGCCGCUCCGGCGGCCUCGAAUUCGUUUGAAACAACUCGGUUUCUACCCGAUUAACCCCGUAAGAGAGGGUGAGAUUUAUACCUUCGCUGGACAAAUCGGCUUUGACAGGAGAUUGAAGCUUCAGGUUUCCCCCUUCCGGAUUUGGUUCCAAAUUUCUGUUAAGAAAAGGUUCCGGUGUGAAAUCACCUUACGAAGAAAAACAAGGGGAACCGUGAAAAGAAUGACUACCGUGUUGAAAUUAGGAUUUGGUUGGGAAAGGAUGAGCUCCUUCUUCCUACUGCUCCCUCCGCCGCCUGAUGAAAUUUUUGAGAAUGGAGGAUUCAACGUGAGGAGAAGGGUUCUGAUGUCGGAAGGAAGAUUUCAGAGUACUGGGCUCAAAAGGAAAUGAGAUUGGGCCAGGGAUAUUAUUUGAAUAAGUAUUAGUUUGGGCUCAAGGCCCUUUUAAAAUUUUAUUUAAAUAGUGUAGCCCACAAUUCAUUCUUUAUUAGAUUGGGCUUGUAUCAAUUAUUUAAUUCUAUCAUAUGAGUUGGAAUUUAGUCUAAUAAAUAAUCCUCAAGGAAAGGAUUUAAUUAA